UCAAUCAAUCGCAACAAUCUCACGAUACGUGACGCGCACGUCAACAAUCGCUUCCUUUUCGGCGUCGAACGUUCUCUGCCGUUGCUCGCUUUUUCCACUCGCCUAACGAACCCCAUGGCCGCCGAUGCCGACGGCAACCUCCCUAUGCCGGCCGACCUCGAGAAGGGCGAUCCGUCGGCCGCCCAUGCCCCAUCUUCCCCCCCAGCGGCGGACGAGGGCGGCAGCGUGGUGAGGUCGGUGGUGGACAGGUGGCGGAGGGAGGACCUGUUGGAGCGGGGCGGCCUGGUGCUCCGCGCGCUCCUCCUCCUCUUCUCGCUGCUCGCCUCCAUCAUCACGGCUUCCAACAAGCACGGCGAUUGGAAGGACUUCGAUCACUAUCAGGAGUACAAGUACCUCUUGGCCGUCUCCAUACUCGCGUUAUUGUACUCGGCCGCUCAGGUGUGGAGGCAGGCGCAUCGGUUCAGCACGGGGAGGGAUUUGGUACCGAGAAACUAUGCUGGGAUUGUUGAUUUCGCCGGUGAUCAGGUGGUAGCCUACUUAUUGAUCUCUGGAGCAUCUGCGGCCAUUCCCCUUACCAAUCGCAUGAGAGAAGGAUCAGAUAAUAUCUUCACUGAUUCUUCGUCUGCUGCAAUCAGUAUGGCCUUCUUUGCAUUCGUCUCUAGUGGAUUAUCUGCAUUGAUUUCAGGCUUCAAGCUCUCUAAACAAACCUAUAUAUAGACCUACCUUAUUGCCCUCCGACUCUGAAUAUCCUUUAUUCUUGUGUUGUGUAUCUAUUACGGAAUCCUAGCUAUACAUAUUGUCUGUACUACCUCCAUAUUCUUUGUGAAUUGUAAAUUUGAACAUUACAAUUACUGUAAUGUUUUAUACAUAUUAUCUAUCAAAAGUUUGUAGAGUUUAAAUAUUCUAUCAAUCUCUUAUUGUUGCUAGAGGCAUAUACAUUAUUUUAUGUUUAUGAUAUGAUAAUAACCCUUUUAAUAUUCUAAUAAUUCCUUGCCA